AUGAAGUUCUCCAUCCUUCCCGCUCUCACCGCUUCGGCCCUCGUCUCCAUGACGCUCGCUGCUCCUGCGAUCACCGCCGAACAAGAUUCUCACCUCGUGUAAGACCUCUCUCCCCUUGAACGAGACGCCUCUUGGGUUGAUUGCUGACCUUGAUCCGACGUCCGACUUUGUGACUUCCCCAGUGCUCGCGCCGGUGACGGUGACACCUCGUUGAUCAAGGCUUGCAUCGUCGCUUGUGUUCUCGACGUCUUCGGAUGUGCUCUUAGCAUGUAAGUCAUUUCACACUCUUUUCUUCCCCGUUCCGUUUCUUCCAAAGGCUCGGAGGACCCGACCAAGAGCUGACGCUUCUCCCUUCUCUCUCUCGCCUUCCUCUGCUCCAACCAGCCAAAAAGGUACCUCCUGCGCCUGCGCUACGGGUUGCAACACCUCGCACGGCGGCAGUGGCCACGGCAAGGGCGACGGGUACAAGCUCUAA